GAUACUAGGCGCGUGGAGAGCACGUGUUUAUCAUCCCCUACCUAGGGCAACCAUUUCUUUAAGAAAAUUCUCCUCCCAUUGCUCCGGACUCGAGGCUAUGGCGAUAAUAUUUCCAGUCCACGAGCUCCAAAUCUUCGAUCCAAGAAGCUGCCGCUGCGAGAUUCGAGCAAGAUUAGCUCGCCGGGGCUGAGGUAUAGAGAUCGGCAUUCUAGGAUUGAGGAGGAUCGACAAAUCAGGAUCGGAAUUUCUCGCAUCGAUCGAUAGCGCGGCGCUGCGGCGAUGUAUUUCGUCACGGAUCGAGGAUGGGCAAUCCUCCUGAUGCUCUGCUCCUUGUGGUGCCUCGGGACCUGGCCGAUCUUCUUCAACAUCGCCGAGAGGAGAGGAAGGCUGCCACAGCACACCUACAUUGAUUACGCCAUCAGCACCUUCGCGGUGGCAGUGAUCUUUGCGUUGACCCUGGGGCAGAUCGGGGAUAGCGAUCCAAGCGCUCCCAAUUUCAUCCAGCAGCUCUCUCAGGUAUAUGGCUCUUUCUUUCCCGGCAUGAAUUCUAAGGAUGUACGACAGGAUAAUCUUCCUUGUGUGCUUAUAGCUAUGGCUGGAGGCAUCGCCCUCUGCCUGGGCAAUAUUUGUAUGCAAUACUCGCUGGUGUUCGUGGGGAUCUCUAUCACGGAAGUCAUAUCCGCGAGCUUGGCAGUCAUCUUUGGAACGACUGCGAACUACUAUCUGGACAAUUGCUUGAACUCUGCUAGAGUUCUCUUCCCGGGAGUUGGGUGCUUCGUGAUCGCUGUUCUGCUAGGAUCUUUCUGUCACGCAUCAAAUGCAAAUGAUAGAACGGCGAGGUUGGGCCCAAGCAAUCCCAGGUGCGAGGCUGAGCAAGAUCUUCACACGAACCUUCUAAAGAGCUCUCUGGUGGACCUCAUUGCGACAGAAACAUCAAGCUCUUUUAUGGACUUGGAAGAGCAAAGAGCAGUGAAGGUCAGAGAUUCCAGCGUCAUGUUUGGACUCCUCCUAGCCUUCAUCACCGGGACGUGCUACGGCUUCUUCUCGCCGCUGUUCAACAUCGCCACCAACGAUCAGUUCCACUUGCUUGAUCCUCAAGUCCCACACCUGGUAAUCUACACAAGUUUCUUCUACUUCUCCACGGCAUUCCUGGUGCUCGGAGUGCUCAUCAACGUCUACUUGCUCUACUAUCCCGUGCUCGGUCUACCAAAGUCCUCACUCUGGGCCUACCUCUCGGACUGGAAAGGCCGGGAGCUGGCGAUCCUGGCAGGAUUGGUGUGUGGUUUCGGGAAUGGUUUCCAGUUUAUGGGAGGACAGGCAGCAGGAUACGCCGCCGCCGAUGCUGUCCAGGCGUUACCACUGGUGGGAACGCUGUGGGGAGUGCUCCUCUUUGGUGAAUACCGUGGUAGCUCACACAGGACGCUGGCGUUACUGGUGUCCAUGCUGGUGAUGUUCUCGGUGGCAGUGGCUCUUCUCAUCGCAUCCGCGAGAGAAAGGUGAUUAAGUGGCCUGAAAAUAACUCUAUGGAUUUGGUUAAUUCUUUAGCUUCCCAGGUGGGAAGAACACUGUAUCGUAUCACACAUUCUUGCCGAUGAUUGUAUAAUGUAAGAAAGCUCGAUCUCCUCGAAUUUAAGUAAAACCAGGAGUUUACUCCCGGUCGAUUCUUGUAUAUCA